CGGAGCUGUUACUAAGCGAUGGCGGAGGAGCAGGAGGGUUCGGAUGCCGGGAGCGAGGAGGUGCUGCUGACCCCGGCCCAGCUUAUCCGUAGCCUGGAACAGGCCUGGAUGAAUGAGAAGUUUGCCCCAGAGUUGUUGGAGAGCAAGUCGGAAGUUGUUGAGUGUGUUGUGGAGCAGCUGGAACACAUGGAAGAGAACCUGAAACGUGCCAAGGGAGGCGACCUGAAAGUCAGCAUUCACCGCAUGGAGGUCGAGAGGAUCCGCUACGUCCUCAGUAGCUAUUUGCGCUGCCGGCUCCGAAAGAUUGAGAAAUUUUUCCCCCAUGUCUUGGAGAAGGAGAAGACUCGGGCUGAGGGGGACCCGUCCAUCCUCUCUCCAGAAGAGUUUGCCUUUGCUAAAGAGUACAUGGCGAAUACGGAGACCCAUUUCCGAAAUGUGGCUUUGAAGCACAUGCCUCCCAACCUGCAGAAAGUGGAUCUCCUGAAGGCAGUCACAAAACCGAACCUGGACUCCUUCGUGUUCCUGCGGGUGAAGGAGAGGCAGGAGAACAUCUUGGUGGAGCCAGAGACGGAUGAGCAGAGAGAAUAUGUUAUUGACUUGGAUGAAGACUCUCAGCACCUGAUCCGGUACAAAACAAUUGCUCCUUUAGUGGCUUCGGGGGCAGUUCAGCUCAUUUAAACCUCCCGGACACCCUUCAGCAUUUUGCAAGUCCCAAACAAAGGAUUUACACAGAACCACCAGGGCUGCAUGGAACCCAAGCACACUGUCCCUGCCUACCUCAGGGAUUUGACAUCAGCUGUCCAAACUUUGUUGGUGCAGCUAAGCUGAGCUCAUGAGGCUCUGCGUACAAAAUAUGCCCAGCUGGGUGUUUUCAUUGAAGAAAGGAUGGCGGCGGUGGGGACUGGUCCAAGUGCUCCUUGGACUGGAGGAGCACUUCUGAUACUCUGCUGAACAUCCAGCAGGUGGCAGCGUUGCACUGUAGCCAUUUUGCAUAAGGCUGCCAAGUUCAGUCAAUCAUCUUGGGUGUUGGUGAAUUGGGCUUGUUCCUAGGCAGGAUGUUAUGAUGUCUGCAUCUUCCCUACCUUGCUGUAUGAACUAUGUUGCAGUCCGUUGCAGACUGAUGUGCUUUCACACAUGCAUCCACAACAAAACAUCAGCUGCCACAUUCAUGCCCAGGAGAAGUAGCUGGAAUACCACCAAGAAUUAAGGACCUUAAAAAAAGAUUUAAGGACCUUAGACUGUGUUCUUUAUAGACACUAUGUUUGCUUUCGUAAAUACGUUUAAAGAAAAAGGCUGUACUUUCCAGUUAAAUUGUCCAAGGUGCUUCCUAGUACAAUCAUUAAACGUGUGCCUGUAAAACAAACAAAAUCUGUACAAAAAAUAAACUUACAUAGUUGUUGAGA